AUGUCAAUUUACACUACCAUAACUGCUUCAACGCCAUUUAUUGAAGUCAAUCUAAAAGUAACACCAGCACAAAUUUCAAUGCUUAUUAAUGGUUUCAACUAUAUUAUACCAUGUCAAAGUUGUUUAAAAGACCAUCGAGUACCAAUCGACGAUGAACACGCAACACAAGCAUUUUCAGCAUUAGAGUGUAUUUUAAAUAAUUGUCAAUUUCAAAAAUUGUCAAAAAAAUUAGGAAGACGUGCUCAACAUGGAUAUAAAAUUGUUCGAAGUAUUCAGCGUCUUAUAUGUCGACGCUCAGAUAUUGUUGUACGUCGAACAGAUAAAAAUAAAGUAUUCUAUAUUGGUAAAGCGGUUGAUUUUGAGCGUAAAGCUGAAGAUUAUAUGCUAAGAACGGAAGCUUACGAGGAAAUUACAAAUGGUCGAUGUCCUCUGGCAGAUAAUUCAAGUGCUGUACAAAGCUUACUCAAUUUUCUUAUAGCGAAAAAGGGUCUAAUUCAAAUGCAAGCCGAUCGAUUGUCUCAAAAAUCGGACAGUUUAGAAGUAGGUCAUUAUCAUGGUCUAUCUAAACCACAUAAACCCGGAACACCACUACGACCUAUAGUUGCAUCUAUACAUGCACCAGCAACAUUGGCAUCGAAAUUUUUGAAUGAUCUUUUAGCACCUAUUUAUUUAACUGUUGCCCAUAAAUAUACAUUCAUUAAUAAUAUCGAUGUCAUUCGAAAAUUAGAAAAACAUGCUGUAGAUGGAUAUCUUACAUCAACAACAAAAUUUAUUACUACCGAUGUUGAAAAUCUUUAUACAAUGAUACCACGAAUAGGUGCAUUGGAAGCAUUAGGCCGAUUUUGUAGUAAAAAUUCCAAAAAAGGAAAGAUUGGAACAUUCACAAUUGAUCAUAUUAUGAAAAUGGCUCGUUUAACUUUGGAUACCAAUUGUUUUGCAUACAAUAAUAAAUACUAA